AUGGCAAGUCACUCUGACCCGGUGGCAGCGAAUGCAGAGGUGGCGGCGGCGGUGAAUGCAGAGGAGGAGGUGGCGGCGGUGAAUGCAGAGGCGGUGGCGGUGGCGGAGGCGACUGCUCAGCCGAUUGUGAACGCGAACGAUUAUCUCCUCCAGCAGCAGUUGCGGUUGUUUUGGGCAGCUCAGCUUCAAGAGAUCAUACAGAUUAGAGAUUUCAGGGGCCACAGUCUUCCCAUUUCUCGAAUCAAGAAAAUCAUGAAAUCGGACAAGGAAGUCCGUAUGAUUUCUGCUGAAUCGCCUAUUCUGCUUGCUAAGGCAUGUGAGCUCUUUAUUCAGGAGCUCACCCAUCGUUCCUGGCUUAAGGCCCAAGAAUGCCAGCGUCGGACUCUGAAAAAGAUCGACUUCUUUACGAUGCUUAAGGAGACUGAACUCUUUGAUUUCCUUGUGGACGCCAUUUCUAUGGAUGAGCCAGAGGAAGAAGCUCCUACUUACGUGCCUGGCAUGUUGGGUAACAUACCAAAUCGUAUCCCGUACUAUUACUCACCAAUGGGACCUCCGCCUCCACCAAUGGCACCUCUUGCUCCAUCAGUGAGACCUCCUGCUCCAUCAAUGGGGCCACCUACUCCAUCAAUGCCUACUCCACCCAGGGGGAUCAUGGGAAGGCGUGCUAUGCCUUGGGUUGCACCCUCAAUGCACGUCCCGCCUCCGUUGUACCCGCGGAAGUUCGGUUGGUAUGCUGCUGGCGGUAAUCCAUAUGCUACUGGAGGGAGCAGUGGACAGGGUAGCGGUAAUCCUAGAAGGUAA